AUGUUUUUCACCAACUACCGCUCCUUGCUAUUGUCAUGCCUUGUGACGCUUGUGGAAGUAGAGGCUGCUCGUAUGCCUUCGAGACCCAAAUCGAUUGCUAUUCAACAAUCAAGCCCACAAAAUGCUGGAGUUCCACUGGACUCAUUCGUUUCUUUCUCAUUCGAGUUUUCGUCAUGGCCUGAUUUUGCUGGUAACCUAUCAAAUCCAAAUGCCUUCACAGGAAAUCUGUUGAGCAACUUGGGCAAGUUACAAGGCUCCAUGCCAUAUGUUCGAGUGGGAGGAAACACGCAGGACUUGGCAGUUUUCGAAGAAUCACAGAAGGCCAACAUUAUUGGUAUCAUUCAACCGAACAUCUCGGCCGAUUACCCAACCAUCAUCACGUUUGGUCCGUCUUACUUCGAGUCAUACCAGACUAUGCCCAAGGGUAUAAAGUUUAGCCAUGGUCUCAAUAUGGGCGCCAGCUCUCCCGCCGAGAGAGCUAGCACUUUUAAUUCCGUCUCAUAUGCCUGUAAAGCAAUCGGGAGCAAUCUUUUGUACUGGGAGUAUGGCAACGAACCCGAUCUUUUCACUAUUUUCGGCCACCGAACCCGCAAUUACACCGAGGCUGACUACGUGUCUGAGUGGCUGAAUGGAACCAAGGCCAUUCAAGAAAUCGUCAAAGUAGCAUGUCCGGAGCUCGCUGGCGUUAAAUUCAUGGGACCAAGCUUCGCAGGACCUACAGCCGUAGAAAUAGCCACUCUGGACCUUGUCAAAGCAUGGAGAGCAGGUAUCAACAAGGAUGAUAACAUAGGCAUAGUUGCUUUGCAUAACUACAUGGGUGUGUCUACUAACCCUGGUAUCACGUUGCAAGGCACAUUGAUGAACCACACCAACGUUAUAUUGAGGGCAGAGGCUCAGUUCAACCGGUCGAGAGGAAUCAGGGAAUCAGACAACGCGCCAUCUCCAGAUGUUCCUAUUAUUAUGGGCGAGCACAACUCGCUCGCCAGACAAGGACGACCUGGUUUGAGCAACAGUUUUGGAGCGGCGUUGUGGGGAAUUGAUUGGAAUUUGUACCUCGCAUCGCAUAACAUAUCCCGCUCACAUAUGCAUCAAGGGACGAACUAUCGCUAUCAAGCAUGGCAGCCUAUCGAAACAAAUCUAACGACCAAGGGAACGAAGCCGCCAUACUAUGGAAGCGUGGCUGUCGCAGCUUUCAUGCACCGAAAGACACCCUCGACCCAAUUGCGAAUCUCUCACCUCGACUCAUCAUCUGAGUUCUCUACCCAGUAUGCGGCUUACACCAAUAACACCUUAGCUCGCAUCCUACUCGUGGACCUCCACACUUACAAUACAACUGACAAUAACUACAUUACUCCAUUUCCACGACCUAUCGAGAAAUACGAGUUGAAGCUGCCUGGUUGCUCUAAAGGUAAGGCCCAGGUACAAAGGUUGAUUGCAAAUGGAAGUGAUGCAAUCACGGGCGUUACUUGGGAUGGCUACAGCUACAACUACGAGCUGGAUGAGGGAAAGCCUGUUCGGCUGAACAAUGUCACUCGUGGGGAGAAGGUAAAAGCAAGUGAAGAUGGUGUGAUUAGGGUUGAUGUUCCGUGGAGUAGCGCGGCAAUCGUUACUCUGGAUUGUUAA